AUGGCCAAGGGGGCGACCAAGGCUGGGGCGAUCCUGGUCAAGCUCGUGAGCACCGCCGCGACGGGGUACUUUUACGUGAAGCGGAAGAACCCGAAGCGCAUGCCGAGAAAGUUGGAGUUCAUCAAGUACGACCCGAGGGUGAUGCGACACGUGUUGUUCACGGAGACGAAGAUCAACAAGUAG